AUGGAAGAGCCGCUGGAUAUCACGUACUAUUUGGGGCCACAGGGUGUGGAGCUGUUGAACAACUUGGACGUGCCCUUGAGCAACGGGGAGAUAGUUAGCAUCAACUUGAGAGACGAACUACCUGAAGAUCCACUGGAGAUAAUAACGUUUUUGGAGACGGAAAAUGUUCCCAGACAGUUCUGGGUAUCUGUUGCCGGAGGGUAUGCUCAGAAUGGCAAGUUGGAGGAGGCGCAGAGUGUUGCUGAGAAGGGCCUAAGCAAGCUGGUGGGGUUCCUGGAAGAAGACAAGAAGGCCCUACAAGGGUUUCUCACAUGGUUAUAUUUGAAAAAGGUACUGUUAGGAAUUGAAAAGAAUAGUAACAUCAACAGGGCACGUGAGUCAAUUGAAAAGUUACAGGCUGUCGGGGGCAACAAGGAAUUGAGUAAUUUGUUACUGAAGGCUAUAGUGUAUCUUUUUGAAGAUAGAUUUGACAAGGCCCUUGAAAUUCUUGAUAGAGUAUUAAAGGAGAAUGGGAAUAAUUGUUUUGCCUUAAUGGCCAAAGCUCAAAUCAUUUUGAAUAAGACAAAAAAUUAUUCCAAUGCUUUGAAAUUAUACCAACAAGUAUUAGUCACAAACCCUACGAUGUCACCAGAUCCUCGUAUUGGAGUUGGGAUUUGUUUCUGGUUCUUGAAGGAUGAAUCAAUGGCCAUCCAAGCUUGGAAACGAGCUUUGGAAUUGAACCCUUCAAAUAUUAAAGCCAAGAUUUUGGUUGUGCUUUCUGAAUUCAACAAUGCAUUUAAUAAUUCACUUAGUGAUGAAGAAUUCAAACACAAUUAUACCACAUGUUUAAAGCAAGUGUCUACGCUUUACAAGGAGAAUGUCAAUGAUAUUUCUAUACUUUUGGUGCUUGCUUCCUAUUUCUUGUCUAAGGGAGAUUAUGAUACUGUGGAAAAGAUAGUCAAUAAAAUAAGGGCCAGCAUAUUGGGUGAAGAUAAGUUUGAACUGUAUACUGCCAGCAAAUUGAGUGGGAAAUUGUCUAGUUUCCAAUCUGUGGCGUUAUCUCAAUGUUUCUAUUGGUUAGGGAGAGUGUCCUUCAAUAAAAAUGACUUUACUCAAUCCCAGAAAUAUUUCCAUGAGUCUAUUAAAUUAAAUGAAAGUAAUCUUUUGGCGAAACUUGGGUUAGGUCAAUCUCAAUACAAUCGUGGAUCGGUUGAAGAGUCAUUGAUUACGUUUGAAAGUAUUUUAAAGACUAAUCCCAAAUGUCUUGAAGUGUUAUAUUUGUUAGGGUGUCUCUAUUCCAAACAAUCUUCCAGAAGAAAGCAAGAAGCGGCCAUUCAUAUAUUGGAAAAGUAUAUUCGGUUAUCAAAUAACAAAGGUUAUUCCAAUCCACAAGAGUUUUCUGAGUUCUACAAGAGAGAGCCGGUUAUUUUGAAUUCUUACUUGAUUUUAAGUGAGUUGUAUGAGUCUAGAGAUUUCACGCAAUCCUUGGUUUACUUACAGAAGGCUGUUGAAUCUAGAAAACAAGUGCUUCUAGAAGCUCCUUUGGAAGUGUACAACAAUAUUGGUGUUUUCAACUUUAUGAAGAACAAUUUUGCUUUGGCUGUAGAGAAUUUCUCUUCAGCUGUUCAAGUUGCGGAAAAGGACAGUCAGGGUUCCAGCUCUCAAUUAAUUGACGAUAUCAAAAUCACAUUGAGCUUCAAUUUGGCCAGGAGCAAAGAAGAAAUCUCUGAAGAAGAAGCAACUAGUUCAAACAUCCAAAAAGAUUCAGUUGACGUUUAUGAUACAAUAUUGAAGGAGCAACCAGCAUAUUAUUCAGCCAAGCUUAGAUUAUUGUUUUUACAGUGUUUAUCCACUGAGCUGCCCAAGAAGGAAAUAUUGGAGGCUUUAGAAACUCUUUUAAGUGAUAAUGAUUCUAAUUUAGAAGUCAGAUCUUUCUAUGGCUGGUUUAUCAAAAAUUUCGGUAAGAAAUUGGGCUUGGUGGGGGAUUCAGAUGCUAAUCAUCAAAAGGAAACUCUUGUUCAAUAUAAUUCUCACGACUGUUAUGCCUUGGUGUCUUUGGCUAACAUUUAUUGCAUUAUGGCUAGAGACUUGAAAGACAAUGACAAUAAUAAGAAACGCAAAUAUUACAUCAGAGCGGUCGAGUUGUUUGCCAAAGUUUUAAGUGUGGACUCCAAGAAUGUCUUUGCAGCUCAAGGGUUAGCCAUUGUGUAUCUUGAGAACAAGGAAGUGGAGAAAGGGUUGGAGAUCUUAAGAAAAAUUAGGGACUCUUUGAACGACAUUUCCAUCUAUGUUAACUUGGGGCAUGCCUAUGCUGAGUGUAAGCAGUUUUCCAAGUCCAUUGAGCAUUAUGAGAUUGCCUUGGCCAGAUUCUCCGAUGGGAAUGACACUAGAUUGCUAACCUUCUUGGGUAAGACAUGGUACAUGAGAGGGUUGUAUGAGAAGAACCUCAAUUACUUGAAGAAAGCCAAGCAGUAUGCUGAAGAAGUAUUGGAGAAAUCUGGAGGUACCAGUGCUGCUUUCAAGUUCAAUGUUGCAUAUAUUGACUAUCAAAUUGCUGAAUUUAUUACUAAACAACGGGCUGAUCUUAGAUCUGUUGAUGAGAUCAAGAGUGCUAUUCUCAAUCUUAAUACUGCCAUUACCAUAUUAAAGGAGUUGGCACUGGAUGAAGAGAAGAACCCACCGUAUCCUAAAUCGGAAUUGAACCAAAGAGCUCUUUUGGGUCAGAACACGUUGUUAAACCGGUUGAAUAUGAGUUUGGAAGAGACGGUUUCUAACAUUGAGAAUGUCGAGCAACGUUUGGAGGAAGCUAAGAAGCUAAGAAGAGAAGAGGAGGAUCGGAAGCUCAAGGAGGAAGAAGAAAGAAACAGACAAUUGGCAUUGAAGGAAGAAGAAAUGGCCAAGGAAAGACUCAAGUUGCAAGAACAAGCACAGCAAUGGGCCGAAGAACAACGAGCUAACAUUGGAGUUGAUGAAAGUGAUGGUGAUGGUGAUUAUAAUAAUAAUGGAGGUGAUGCUGGCGAUGCUGGUGGUGAUGACUCUAACAAGAAGAAGCGGAAGAAGAACGCGGCCAAACCUGGCCGUCGGGGCAAGAAGAAGGCUGCUGUUGUUGAUGAUAUCAUCAACGAUGACUCUGAAGAAUCAGCUGUUUCAUCUGGAGAAGAGCAAGAACCAAAUUCUGCUAAAGCUUCACCCAAAAAGAGAAAGAAGAAGGCUGCCAUUGUUGACGACGAGGAGGAAGACGAUGUUGAUGAGCCGGACAACUCCAAGAAGAGAAAGAAGAAGGCUCUCUCCAAAGAGAUCAUCGAAGACAGUGAUGAUGAAUUAGAUGAUGAUUUGUUUGGUGAUGAUAACGAAUAG